AUGCUGUGCGCAAUCUCGGGAGAAGCGGCGCAGGUUCCUGUGGCCUCGCGCAAAAGUGUCGCAGGCAAUGUCUACGAAAAGCGCCUGAUUGAAGCAUAUAUCAGCGAAAAUGGGACCGAACCCACCACCGGCGAGAGCCUGACCGUCGAAGACCUUAUCGAUCUCAAAAGUCCCAAUGUCGUCUAUCCACGACCUCCGCAGAUGACUUCCAUACCUGCGAUGCUCUCCUUCUUCCAGAAUGAAUGGGAUGCUUUGGCACUUCAGACCUACACGUUGCAACAGAAUCUUCACCAAGCUCGACAGGAGCUCAGUACUGCCUUGUACGAAAAUGAUGCAGCGGUGCGAGUCAUUGCACAGCUCACGAGAGAGAGAGAUGAGGCACGAGCAACACUGGCACAAAUAAACAUUACUAGAGGGGCUUCUGCCAGCACAAAUGGCGAUGCAAUGCAAGUGGACAGCGCUCCAUUACCGCAAGCGAUCGUGGAGAAGAUUGAAAACACACAAUCAAGUUUGUCCAAGACCCGGCGAAAACGACCAGUGCCCGAAGAAUGGGCCACUUCGGACUCAAUAUCGACAUACACAUCGAGAUCAACCUCCAAACCAUUGUUUCCUGGUGGCCGCGUGCUUGCAGUACACGAGACGGGAGCCCUGGCCCUGGCCGCAGGCAGCAAAGCUGGAGUCUACUCACUAUCGGAGGACACGUUAUCAUACCCGCUCGACUUUGGCGAGGGAGAAGCCACAAGCGGUCUCUGGGCUCACGACAGGGCCGUCGUUGCAACCUCAGCGGGCGCAGUUAAGGUCUUCGAGGGACAGCAGGAAGUCUCGUCCUUCUCAGUCCACGCCGGACGGACCAAUGCGGUGGCUCUGCAUCCCAGUGGCACCAUUCUGGCUUCUGUCGGAGAGGACAGGACAUAUAUUCUCUAUGACCUUGAAUCCAGUCGGGUUCUCACUCAGGUUUCGAGCAACUCCAGUCUUCGCUGUGCUCAAUUCCACCCUGACGGCCAUUUAUUGGCGGCCGGUGGUGCCGACGGCCAAAUUAAGAUAUUCGACGUCAAGUCUGGUGCGGAAGCUGCUACGUUCGACCUUGGCGGCCCUGUGCGAUGCAUUUUCUUCUCGGAGAAUGGUAUCUGGCUGGCGGGUGUGACGGAGAAGUCAUCGACCAUCUCGAUCUGGGACCUGAGAAAAGCGACCGAAAUCACAACUAUCGAGACGGGCAGCCAGAUUGAAUCCAUCAGCUGGGACUACACUGGACAGUUCUUGGGAGUGGCUGGGCAAGAUGGAGUUACGGUCGAACACUACUCCAAGGCGUCAAAAGAAUGGACCGAAAUCCUGAAGCGAGGCACCCCAGCGACACGGAUUGCAUGGGGCAAACAUGCUCAGAGUCUUCUCACUCUCAAUGAAGACGGUGCGAUUACCACCCUGGCAGCGGCGACGGAGGGAUGA